AUGAAAGGCUACACACAACAGGCAGGAAUUGACUACACGGAGACAUUCUCCCCAGUGGUGAAGAUGACAACAGUGGGGGCAUUAAUAGCCACAGCAGUGAAGAAGGGGUGGUGUAUAUCUCAGCUAGAUGUAAACAAUGCCUUCCUCCAUGGAGACCGUAAUGAGGAAGUAUAUAUGCAGAUUCCACCUGGACUUGUUGUGGAUAAACCUGGACUGGCAUGCAAAUUAAGCAAGUCUCUCUAUGGUUUAAAGAAAGCCAGUCGACAGUGGUAUGCAAAGCUGACUGAGGCUUUGUGCUCUAAAGGAUACACACACUCCAUGAAUGACUACUCACUCUUUUAUAAGAAAAGUGGAAAUUCCUUGAUAUAUGUUGCAGUAUAUGUGGAUAAUGUACUACUUACUGGAACUGAUCAGAAAGAGAUCACACAAUUGAAGAACUACCUACAUGAACAGUUUAAGAUCAAAGAGCUGGGCCAACUACACUACUUUCUAGGGCUGGAAGUGAUGUACAAGGAUGAUGGUGUAAUAAUUUCUCAAAGGAAAUUUGUGUUGGACAUGUUGAAGGAGCAUAACUGCCUAGAUUACAAGCCUUCUUCUUCCCCCUUAGAUCCCACAAUGAAGCUUAAAGCCAAAGAAGGUACCAUCCUACAGGAUCCUACAUACUACAGGAAACUAUUCAUGCAAGAGCCCAGGGAACCUCAUUUGAAGGUAGUUUUCCAUCUGCUUAGAUAUCUGAAAAGUGAUCCCACUCUGGGAAUCUUCAUGUCUAAGGAUACAGACUGCACAGUCAAGGCAUAUUGUGACUCUGAUUGGGCAAGUUGUCCAGAUUCCAGGAGAUCCAUCACAGGCUAUUUGGUGCUUCUGGGUAAUAGCCAUGUUAGUUGGAAGUCCAAGAAACAGGAAACUAUAUCACUAUCUUCUGCAGAAGCAGAGUACAGGGCUUUGAGGAAAGUAGUGGGGGAACUGGUAUGGUUGAGCAGGCUUCAAUCUGCAUUUCACAUUGCCAAGAAUAUAGUAUUCCACGAAAGAACCAAACACAUAGAAGUGGACUGUCACUUUGUGCGCGACCAAUUACAAGCAGGACUAAUUUCACUCCACCACAUUGGAACAGAUAGUCAACUGGCAGAUAUUUUGACUAAAGCCUUAACUGGAAUCAAACAUAGUGCCACAUUGGGCAAGUUGGCUGUUUUUGCAACACCUCCAACUUGA